AUGUCUGCAAUGAAACAUCCAUGGAAAAUCGCAAUUUUCCUAUUAAUUUCUACGUUAUCGUUGGCCCUUUCAAAGCAGUUUUGGGAUUUUGAACUGAUCCAAGUGGACUAUUACACCAGCAACCCUGAGGUGGCCGAUAUCAAAUUAAAUGCCCAGCGUAUCGAUCGUGGUCGUUAUGGUGCCAGUGGCUUCAUUGAUUUGAAAAUCGAUCUAUACGAGGAUGACGUUCGCAUACAAUUUCUUUUACAGCGCAGCCAAUUUAGAUCGGGACCCUUCACCACAAUGCCAAUGAAAAUCGAAAACGAGACGCUGUCAACAGCCGUAAAUGUUUUCUAUCGAAAUAUGAUUAUGGAAGAGGCUCAAAAGUGUUGUGAGAAUGCCCCCUAUUUCAAUGACACCUUUAAGCCUCCAUUAACUAAGCGUCUGGUUACCCUAAAUCAAUGUUCUGUUUCGUUAGAAAAGUUACCGAAUUAUAUGAUGGAUGGUUAUUAUAUUACAAGGACAAGUGUUUAUGGCAGAGAUUGGUAUGGUUAUUUGGAGACAUUGGCUUAUGUGGAAAGUGCCAACUGA